ACUGGCCCUUUCAUUCCCUCUCUCCCUCAUUCCCUCUCUCCCUCAUUCCCUCUCUCCCUCCUCUCCAGCGCUGGGUGUACUAUCUCCGACUUAAAGAGCUACUCUUCUCUGUUGUUUAUUGACUGAGAUUUUCCCCAAAUAACCCUGCAAAGGCCAAGAAAUGACUCCCUAAAGGAAGGUAUCCCAAAGUUUAAAGAUUGUCUCAUCUCAGCUCUAAGACCAGUGUGGGGAGCCGGACACAGGAUCAGGAUCUAUAGGUCGUCACAGGUGUUCUGAAUAUAGUGGUACCAGCAACAGCACUACUGGCAACUAUGACCAAGACCAACGGGGAGAACCCGCAGGCCCGAAGCCGAGUCAGACAGAUCCGCGAUGGCCUCCAGUCCCGUUCCCUGAAGGCUGUGCAGAGGGUGGAGAGUGUCACUAAGGAUGACGUCAAGGGUUUCUUCCGCAGAAACGCCUUUGUGAUCUUCACUGUCGCUGCGGUCAUCAUCGGUAUAGGGCUGGGAUUUGCACUGCGGCCGUACAAGAUGACCUACCGCGAGGUGAAGUAUUUCUCAUUUCCUGGAGAGCUGCUGAUGAGGAUGCUGCAGAUGCUGGUGCUUCCCUUGCUGGUGUCCAGUCUCAUCACAGGCAUUGCAGCAUUGGACAGCCGUGCCUCUGGGAAGAUGGGUAUGCGGGCAGUGGUGUACUACAUGACCACCACAGUCAUCGCAGUCUUCAUCGGCAUCGUCAUGGUGCUCAUCAUCCACCCUGGGAAGGGCUCCAAGGACGAAUUCAAAAAUCAGCAGAAGAUCGAGCAGGUCAGCCCUGCUGACGCUUUCCUGGACCUCAUCAGAAACAUGUUCCCUCCAAACAUUGUGCAAGCUUGCACACAGCAGUUUAAAACGCAGUACGGAAAGAGAGUGGUCCAUGUGAAGAUAACGGUGAACGAUACCCUCUUCGUCUUGAACGGGACCCAGGGGCAGCGUAUCAUGCGGGAGGAGGUGAUCCCCAUCCCGGGGCAGGUGAACGGGGUCAAUGCCCUGGGUCUGGUCGUGUUCUCCAUAUGCUUCGGUCUCAUCAUUGGCAGCAUGAAGGAGCAGGGAAAGCCCCUCAAGGACUUCUUUGUCUGUCUCAACGAGGCUAUCAUGAGACUGGUGGCCAUUAUCAUGUGGUAUGCACCCGUUGGUAUCCUGUUUCUCAUCGCUGGGAAGAUAGUGGAGAUGGAUGACAUCACAGAAACGGGCGGCCAGUUGGGCAUGUACACAAUAACAGUCAUCAUUGGCCUGUCUAUCCAUGCCUUCCUGGUACUGCCCACACUCUACUUUGUGAUCACACGGAAGAAUCCCUUUGUCUUCAUCUGUGGACUCCUACAGGCUCUCAUCACCGCGUUGGGGACCUCAUCUAGCUCAGCCACGUUGCCCAUCACCUUUAAGUGUCUGGAGGAGAACAAUGGGAUAGAUAAGAGAGUGACACGCUUCGUGCUGCCAGUGGGCGCCACCAUCAACAUGGACGGCACCGCCUUGUACGAAGCUAUCGCGGCUCUCUUUAUAGCCCAGGUCAACAACAUGGACAUGAACUUUGGACAGAUCCUCACUAUAAGCAUCACGGCCACCGCAGCAAGUAUCGGUGCAGCUGGGAUACCACAGGCUGGACUGGUCACCAUGGUGAUUGUGCUGACCUCUGUUGGACUGCCCACUGAUGACAUCACCCUCAUCAUUGCAGUGGAUUGGUUCCUAGACAGGUUGCGUACCACCACUAACGUGCUGGGAGACUCGAUUGGCACAGGUAUUGUUGAGUAUCUGUCUCGUCAUGAGUUACAAUCCAAGGAUGCGGAGAUGGGGAACUCUGUGGUGGAGGAGAAAGACAAGAAAUCAUACCAGCUCAUCGCCCACGAGAACGAGCAUGAAAACGAGAAGCCUCCAGUCAGUGAGACCAAGAUGUAGCACCAAACAGUUUGACCACUGUGGUGUUUUUAAUCCCAUGGUAAAGGGAAGCAACCCAUAUCAAUCCUCAAAACACAACCCAAAAAAAUGAUAGUGUUUGUUUAGACCAAGAAGCUGAACCAAGAGUAUGUACAAGAUGUAUUUGAUUUGAUCAAGAUUUCUGCAGCCGUUCGUGCUGAUUAGAUUUCAUUGAAUAACUUAUUGAUAUUGAUCUAAUCAAGAAGAUACAGUGGGGUCUGAAAUCAUUAACACCGUUGAUAAAAAUCAACUAAAAUGACCGUAUCAAAUAAGUAAUUAAAUUACUGAGUUAUAUUGUAUGCACAAAAAAGGAAAGUAAUAUUAUUUUAUACUUAUAGAAUUGUGCGGGAAAAAAAUAGAUUUUGUUGAACAAGUCGUGUAUUCUUUUUUUUUUUAAAGUAAGGGUCAAAAUAAUUGACACCCCUGUUUUCAAUACCUUGUGAGGAUAACUACACUGAGCCUUUUGAUCAAAUAUUUUAUGAGUUGGAGAACACAUUGGGAGGGAUCUUGCGCUCAUGGACUGACAUGAAAAUACCUGUGGUUUGAAUUGAAGAGGGCAGGCCAUAAGUGCAGACAAAGGAUAUCAAGGAUCUGGAAAGAUUCUGUACGGAGGAAUGGUCGAAGAUCCCAAUGUGUUCUCCAAUCUUAUAACACAUUUUUAGAAAAAGGCUCAAUGUCAUUAUUUUCGCAAGGGGAGGUAAAAAAAAGAAUAUAUAUAUAUAUAUAUAUAUAUCACUCGUUAAACAAUAUCCGAUUUCUCUGAGCAAUUGUAUAAGUACAAAAUAAUAUAAUUUUUAAAAGAAAUGGAGCAUACAACAUAGCUCAGUAUUUUAAUUAUUUUAAACAGUAUUUUUGCUCAUCUUUAACAGUGGUGAUACAAGUACUCAAUUGUCAUACUUGAGUAAAAGUAAAGAUACCUUCGUAGAAAAUGACUCAAGUAAAAAGUCACCCAGUAAAAUACUACUUGAGUA